GAAAGAAAGCAACAAUAGAUAAAAAAAAGCAGUUUUCUAAAAUCGCGACCAACAAAUUCGUGUGAUCGUGGAAAAACUCGUCAUCCCUGGGCUUGCCAGGUGCCUGUCCCCCGACCAUGGAAAGACGGAUCAAGCUAAAAACACUGAACGAACACAUCACGUGCGAAAUUUGUCGAGGCUACUUCAUCGAUGCGACGACCGUAACCGAGUGUUUACAUACGUUCUGUAAAAGCUGCCUAGUGAAACACUUAGAGGAAAACAAUACCUGCCCAACGUGUGAAAAUGUUAUCCACCAGUCACAUCCGCUGCAGUACAUCAGCUUCGACCGGACGAUGCAGGACAUCGUCUACAAGCUGGUACCGAACCUUAUGGACAAUGAAAUGCAGCGGGAGCGAGAGUUUUACAAAACGCGAAACCUGCCCUGUCCGAAGGAUAUGCCGCAGGUGCACGACACCGACGAUAAGGCGAACGAGCAGGCGCACCAGGAGGCGGACUACCAUCGGCAGGACGAGCAGGUUAACGUGUGCCUCGAGUGUAUCAGCGACAAGCUGCGUAACCUGAAGCGACGGUUCAUCCGGUGUAGUUCGCAGGCCACGAUAACGCACCUGAAGAAGUUCCUCGCGAAAAAAGUACUGAACGGUAUUGACCGAUACAAAGAUAUCGACAUCCUGUGCAAUGACGAGCUGCUGGGAAAGGAUCACACGUUAAAGUUUGUGUACGUGACGCGGUGGCGCUUCAAAGACCCACCGCUAAGAUUACAAUACCGGCCACGGGUUGAUCUUUAA